AUGUAAAUAUUGAACUACUAGCAGAAAACUAAUAAUCAUGUCUUCCUUAGCUUACAUAUUUGUAGUUUUGGUGCUGGUGCUAAACACCAAAGUCAGCAAUGCUAAUCAAAGAAGAUACAAUUACAAUUGCUCAAUGCACAGAAAUGCUGUCACAAACAUUGGUGUAGUUAUCAAUGGCAAUACGCGUGUGGGGAAAGAGCAGAAGAUAGCCAUGAAAAUAGCAGUUCGCGAUUUAUACAGUGAUAGUUGCAGUCAGAUUACUCUGCAUUUUCGAGAUUUCUCUCAUAGCUCACUGCAGGCUACUUCUGUAGCAUCCAAACUUAUCCGUAGCAAGAAAGUUGAAGUCCUAGUAGGAACAUUUUCGUUGGCAGAAGCUGUAUUCUUAUCAGAAAUUCAUAAGAAUUUAUUGGGAAUUCCUGUCCUGCUCUUAACUCCAACUGCGAUGCCUUCACCUUUAGUACCAUUACCAUCCAAUUUGAUACAAAUGUCCCAUAAUUUCUCAUUUCAUAUGCAAUGUCUUGCUGCCAUUGUUGGGUAUUUUCGGUGGCAAAGAGUAACGAUUCUUUAUGAAAAAACCAAUCUAUGUUCCAUGGAUGCUGCACAUUUUACUGUUCUGUCUGAUUCACUGAGGUUUGUUGAUGUAACUAUAGAGAAGAACAUAGCUUUUCCUCCUAUAUCUUCCAUGUCAGACCCUGAAAUUUCCAUUGAACAACAACUUUAUAAGCUUAAAGGUGGGAGUAACCGUGUCUUUAUACUACUGCAUUCUUCUCUUCAACUAGCUACCUGUCUUUUUCAGAAGGCGAAUCAGAUGGGUAUGGUAAACAAAGGGUAUGUUUGGAUACUAUCAGAUGAGAUUUCGAGUCUACUUGAGUCUGCUGAUUCAUCAGUCAUUGCUUCCAUGCAAGGUGUCCUUGGAUACAAAACAAAUAUUCUUGACUCCAGUAAGCCAUCUUACAAAGAGUUCGAGCUUAAAUUCAAGCAAAACUAUUUCACUGAAUUUUCUUAUGAUCAAGGAAUUCCAAUUCCAAGUUUGUUUGCUUUGAGAGCAUAUGAUGUGAUUCAUGCAAUUAACAAGGCUAAAACUGCAGCAGGAAAUUCAAAUUCUAAAGAAUUAAUGUUUCAAAAGCUCUUGUUGAGUAACUUCCAAGGUUUGAGUGAAAACAUUAGCUUUAAAAAUGGCGAGCUAGGAAACAUACCGACCUUCCAAAUUAUCAAUGUGGUUGGGAAAAGCUACAGGGAAUUAGCCUUUUGGUCUUCGGAGUUUGGAUUCUCAACAAAACUCCCUACACAAAGUGGUAGAACCGAAGCCAGGAUUCAUCACGCAAACGUUGAAUUAGGCCCUAUCUACUGGCCAGGUGGUCAGCAAGAAGUUCCAAGAGGAUGGAGUUUUGGUGCUACCAAGGAGAAGGCAUUGAGAAUUGCUGUACCGGCUUCUGGUGCCUUUCAUCUUGUCAAUGUUAGCGUUGUGGCACAUAAUCAGACAUCUAUUACAGGGUUUGUUAUUGAUGUAUUUAUGAAGUCCCUUACAUACCUCCAUUAUGAUCUUUCAUUUGAGUUGGUUCCAUUUUAUGGCAGAUAUGAUGACAUGGUGCAUCAUAUCCAUCAGAGGGCCUUCGAUGCUGCAGUUGGCGAUAUCUUAAUUCUAGAAGAAAGAUACAAAUGGGCAGACUUCUCCCAGCCUUAUGUGAAAUCUGGAAUGAAUAUGGUUGUGACAGUAAAAGAAGAUAAGACAAAGGAAAUGUGGAUAUUUACAACAAUUUUCGAAAUAAAAAUGUGGGUUCUCAUCCUAUCAAUGGGUCUUUUCGUAGGAUUUGUGGUGUGGUUAGUAGAACGUCGAAGAAAUCCAGAAUUUGCUACUGGUGGUUCAGCCUCCCAGCAAAUUGGGAUAGUUUUCUGGUUUUCCUUCACCUUACUCUUCUUUGUACAAAAGGAGGCUCCUCGGAGCAAUUUAUCGAAGAUGGUUCUUGCACCUUGGUAUUUCCUAGUAUUGAUGCUAUCAAUAUACUUCACAGCUGCACUAACCUCCUUGAUGACUAUCUCUCAACUCCAACCGUCUGUGAAAGAUGUUGAUACUCUGAGAAGGGAGAAUGCAGUAGUUGGGUGUAACUGGAACUCUUUCGUUUGUUCUUAUUUAGUUAAUGUAUUGCAAUUUAAGCCUGAGAACAUUAAGCAAAUACGGUCAAUUGAGGACUAUCCCUUAGCUUUCGAGAGAGGCGAGAUCAAGGCUGCUUUCUUUGUUUCUUUACACGCCAAGGUUUUCUUGACAAAGCACUGCAGAGGGUACACUCUUGCAGGACCAACUUACAACUUCGGUGGUUUUGGCUUUGCAUUUCAGAAGGGGUCUGUACUGUCUGUAGACAUGUCAGAGGCUAUUCUGAAAGCAACCGAAAGGGGAGACAUCGAGCGUUUGGAGCAUAAUAUGCUUGCUCAGUGCAAAUGUUCAGCCUCUUCAACCAUAAGCAACAACACCACAAACAUAGGCCCUAAGCCUUUUGCAGGGUUGUUCUGCAUUACUGGUGGCAUAGCAGCAGUAGCAUUUUUAGCUGUUGUUACUCCUUCAGUGGAGCAGCAGUGGCGAAUUCUAACUAUUGUAAAGGGAGCAAUUCUAAGAAGUAGAAUAUGUGGAUGGCUGUCAAGUAACCAGACUCUGUGUAGGUUGCCAUGUCUGCGGCCAAAUUGUACAAGUUAAGGAUUGUUAAAGAUUUGGUUUCUUGGUUGCUCAUUUGCAAACUAUUUACAGGAAAUUGAGGUGAGCAUUUAAGUCAAUUGUGUAGUUUUAAGUUAUUUGUAUAGUUUAUGUACCUAAUUUUUUUUCAUUUGAAGUAUCCAUUAGCCUUAUGAGUAGUGAUUAGUGAGUGUAUGUAGAGUGGAGUGGGUAAAAAAUUGUAAUAGAAAAACUUCAUGUAUCUUGUUUAGAGUUGACAGAUGCAAUUUUCUCAGUUGCAUAAUUCAAUGUAUUUGCAUA